GUUGCUUAUGAUCGAUUUGUUCCACCAAAUAUAGGAAGAACAGUGCCUCGUGGUUGUCUUCAAACAGAAAUUUCUUAACAAUACUUGCUAACUGAACUCCUCAUGGAACGUUAAAACCCCAACUCUCCCCCUCACCAUGUCGGCGCCCAUGGAUUCAGCGCCGCUUCCGCAUCGGUCGGUUGCUAAUAUCCGAUCGCCGGCCGGAGUCGGUCAUCAUCACCAGACCGGGCCGUCAACACCACUCCGAUCCAUCCCCUCCAACUUUGGGUCACCCUCCAGCCUCCGCGCCGACGAGGAGAUCAUCAUCAUUGAGUUUGGGACUCGAAAGCUUCAGGUUGGCUUCUCCGGAGACCCAGCUCCCCGGGGAUGCGUUUGGUUCGGACCAGACCAACAGCGCAGGGCUGGCGAUUUCAGGGCCUGGCAGACGGAUUACCGCUAUGACUGGAGGACCGCUACCGCUGGCGGACUGUGGGGCAAGGAUCAUGAGCUGUGGCAGUAUGACGUUCGAGGAGCUGACCUCGGUCUUGUCGGGGAUAAGAUCGAGAGGGCGUUGAGAGAAGCGUUCACCAAACAUCUUCUCAUUGACUCACGUCCACGGAGGAUGGUUUGGGUCAUUCCUUCCAGCCUGCCGAUACCUCUACUGUCGGCCGCCUUGGACAGCGUCUUCACUCGGUUUCAGCCGCCAAACAUUUCGCUGCUCUCAUCCCCGCUCGCAUUGGCUGUCGGUGCUGGUGUGCGCUCAGCACUUGUAGUUGAUCUCGGUUGGGCCGAGACAGUGGUCACGAGUGUUUACGAGUACCGUGAGGUAGACACCAGGAGGAGCAUCCGCGGAGGCAGGAUGCUUGUGGAACAGACACAUAAACUACUCGCCAAACACCUACCCCAAACUCAAAGUGGACUUGACGAUAGCCAGGAUCAUGUCGUUAGCUUCGAAGAAUGCAGCGACAUCACUACCCGCAUGGUCUGGUGCAAGCCUCGCCGGGCCUCAAAUGCCAACCGAGCCUCUUCUGACGUCUUGGCCCCUGUCCAAGAGCAGGACGAGGGAGAGCCUCAAGUCCAUACCGCAUCUGGAAGGACUAGUUCAGUUAAGAUCCCGUUGCGGUCGUGGUUGUCACCGACCACCUUAGAGCUGCCCUUCGACGCCCUGGCCGAACCGUGCGAGGACGCCUUUUUCGAUUCUCAGUAUGCACCUACGAGCUUUGACGACCACGAGCUGCCCCUGCACCUCCUGGUGUAUCGGAGCCUGUUGCAGUUACCGGUAGACGUCCGCGCUCUUUGCCUGUCGCGUAUCAUCUUUACAGGGGGAUGCUCCAAUGUCCUCGGCCUGCGGGGUCGGAUUUUUGAUGAGGUGACCCAACUCGUUCAGGAGAGAGGGUGGGACCCCGUCCGAGGGAGAGCCGUGGAACAACUGCGAACCAACCCCAAUUUGAAGAGGAGAGUGUCCCGUAAAGCGUCCAGUACGUCGGCCGGUACGGCAUCGCCAGGAGACGAAGACGGAAGCGAAGAACAGGACGGAAUCUGGCACGACGCAGCCAACACGAUACCCGAAGUAGACACCAUCGAGGAGCAGCUUAAACGAAGGUAUGACGAGGUCCCCCCAAUACAUGGCGACUUGAGGGCCAUCGAGUCGCUCGGUGCCUGGAGCGGCGCGAGCUUAGUUACCCAUCUCAAAGGGGCGGCAGUAGCCACCAUUGACCGCGAGCUCUGGUUGCAGCAUGGUGCCGCGGGGGCAAGCAGGGCGAGCGAUGUGGACCACAAAACACAGAGGCAGAGCUUGGGCGCCGGUAGCCUGAUCAGAAGCUCUGCGGCCCAUCAUACGAAUUGGACCUUGGGUAUUUGGGGCGCAGUCUAAACCACCGUCACGAAAUGGUGCAGCAUUGGUUGGUGUGCGAUAUGUUUUAGGCAGCGAGUACAGCAAUGUAUAUACCUACGCUUCAACUACGGCGACCCUGUAUGAGCCCUUGUGACUUUCAAUUGGUCUUGACAGCU